AUGGACGGCGAUGACCGUCGAACUGCACAGUAUGGACAGCCAUACCACCAUACAGGCCCGCGACCUCCAACUAGCCAACCUAUGGGACUGCCUGGAACAGACCGAUUCGCGCAGCCAGGUACGCCUGUUCGAAGCGAGACGGCGCGUCAGUCCAUGACACGUCCUUAUUUACCAGGAUACUCUGGUUAUGGGUAUCCUGAGCAACAAUACGGCUCAUCCACGAUCCAGGAUAGCAGUCCAAUGCAAGGUGUGGAAAUGCAGUACUCGCCCGCUACAUAUGUUCAAGGUCUUCCGCGGCAAAAUGUGGGCCAGCCUUCAUCGCAGCAGUAUGCGCAGUAUCAGCAGGGAUCAAUGCUACCAUCAGCAACCCAACAGGCUAUGUACGAUACGAUGCCGCCAUAUCAGCAGUCACGGCAGUCUGCAGCCAUCGAAGUCAUGAGCUCUCAGCUUGGUGCGAUGCCUCAGUAUAUGCAGCCCGGCGACCAAUCAAGCAUACACAUGCAGUCAGGCGCAUCAACAUACACCUCGCAACCCGAGCACCAUCACUAUCCAUCGGGUUCGGUUGGGCGCCCAACGAUCCCGUCACAGUAUGGAGGCACGGCCGCUGAUUAUGGCAUGAUGGAGCAGUCUACACCGCAGCAGCCUGCGCAACCGAGUGCAGCCGAGCAGGAGGCAUUGGAAGAAGGGCUGCGGGAGUACGAACAACAGCUGGCAGCCACCUUUGAAGCAAUCAUGGCCGGUCGAGUGACUGAAGCCAGCGAGAAGAUUGUGCCUUUGUCAAGGUGGCUUACCAGCUCGAUUGUUGGUCUUGGACUGCAUCACGAUGACGAAACCAAGUAUGCUGAACGGCUUACCCUGUGGCAGCGAUUCAACCUUUGCUGGGAAGCGUUAGGUCAGAAGCAAAAGGAUAUCGUCCAAGAUGCUCUACGAACGAGCCGGCAACCGGCAGACAUACUCACAGCCGAAACACUGACGCGCCUCAUGGACGAGCUGGUAACCUUGUGCGACCAGGUUGAGCAAUAUGGGUUGGUCGAUUACGAGAUGGGUAUUGCCGAAGAGCAGAUCAUCCACAUUUUCAUCGUAUGCCUUGAUUUACUACAACAGCAGGGAUCAAAGGAUCAGUCUGCCACCCGCGCGGGAUGA